UUUCCUUUCUGCCACCGCCAUGCCAUCCAGACUGAGGAAGACCCGGAAACUCCGGGGCCACGUGAGCCAUGGUAAACAUCGCAAGCAUCCAGGAGGACGCGGGAACGCUGGAGGCAUGCAUCAUCAUAGGAUCAACUUCGACAAAUACCAUCCAGGUUACUUCGGGAAAGUUGGUAUGAGGCAUUACCACUUAAAGAGGAACCAGAGCUUCUGCCCGACUGUCAGCCUGGAUAAACUGUGGACGUGGGUCGGUGAGCAGACCCGGAUUAACGCAGCCAAGAACAAGACUGGAGUUGCUCCCAUCAUUGACGUCGUGCGAUCGGGCUACUGCAAAGUUCUGGGCAAGGGAAAGCUCCCUCAGCAGCCUGUCAUCGUGAAAGCCAAAUUUUUCAGCAAAAGAGCUGAAGAGGAGAUAAAGGGUGUUGGAGGUGCCUGUGUUCUGGUGGCUUGA